UCACUCUCUGACCUCUCAUCACUCUCCCCUUCCUCCUCCUCUCCAAUGCUUUUUCUCGGCAUGAGAAAUCUCUCCAUCGCCCACAAUAAUGUCGCACCAGAAAACUGGGGCUUCACCUCCUCCCAUUCCGGCGCCAAUCAUCUCAUCGAUCUCAACGCCGCUGUUGAAUCCGACGAUCAGGAUUUCUCCGACAUGCAUUCCCACGGCGGCGGCAAGGCCAAGCUCUGCGCCAGAGGCCAUUGGCGCCCCGCCGAGGACACCAAACUCAAGGAGCUCGUUGCCCUCUACGGCCACCAAAAUAGGAAUCUUAAUAAUUGGACGGAAGAUCUGGGAAAAGCUGCAUGCUGCGGUGGUUCAACCAGCUGAACCCGAGGAUAAACCGGCGGGCGUUCACGGAGGAGGAAGAGAGGCUGACGGCGGCGCACCGGUUGUAUGUAUUUUGAAGGAUUUUGAAGGAUUUUUGUUGGAAAUCAUAGCGGUAGAUUGAAGGAAUUUUUCGGAGUGGAGAAGAACGGAUGGAGAACUGUGUUGUAUGUAUAGUUUGCGAAGAAUUAGUAUUGUAAUGAACUAAAUAACACACGUGAUGAAGUUAUAAGCUCAAAUAAUGAAGUAAUAUGAACUGAACUGUUUUGUAUGCAUAGUUUGCAAAAAAUUAAUCAAUAUGAUGUAAUUUAUUUUCA